UUACAUUAAAUCAUAACAGCAGUCAAUGGUUGUUGUCGUCUGCAAUUACAGAGAAUUUAAGAUACCGUAACAAACAAAAUGCCGAAAAAACAGAAGGAAAAGAUAAUUGCAACAACAUCAAAGUUGGAAGAAAAUGUUUCCGGUUCUCCACAGAGUAGUUCACAGAGUAACAGUCCUCUAAGAGAAGAAACUCCAAUAAUAAGUAAAGGAAAGAAACGCACACUUGAGGGAGAUGUAGAGGACUCGGAAGAUUUUGGGCAAGGCUUACAAAAGAUGUUGGAGUGUUUUGGGAGUGAUUAUAUAAAAAACUCAUUGAUGAACAAGAAGAAGAGACUUGAACAGUUGACACAUGGUGCAUUGAAGGCUAGUAGUAAAACUGUGGAUGAUAUAUGGAGGGUUCAGAAUAAUGAAAGGUCAAGACUUCAAGAUGAGUAUUCUAAACAGGUGGGUGCUGUGUUCCAGCAGUGGGAAUCUGACCUUGAAAAGACAAAAGAACAGGAGGCCAAGCUUACUAUGUUAUACAAGCAGCAACAGAAGUUAUUUGAACAGGCACGGGCAGUACAAUGUCAAAGGUUGAAGACAAUAAAGCAGCUACAUUGUCAAUAUAUCAAGGGCCUGGAUGAUUUGGAAAAGACCCAUCACCAUCAGGCCACCAGUGCAACAGCAGAACUUAAAAAAGAAAUGAGCCUUCUGCAGAAGAAAAUACUAAUGGACACUCAACAACAGGAGAUGGCGAAUGUUAGGAAAUCACUCCAGACAAUGUUGUUCUAGUUGAUGUAAAGAAGAAUGUGUUACUCAAGUCAACCUUGCUAUCAAUUUCUUAAUUAACAUUGAAUUAUCUGUGUAUGAAAUUUAAUAGGAUGCAAUUUCUGUCUUGUCUGUUAUUCUGUACUAUGACUUUACAGGGUGGCAACAAAUAUUUUAUUACAAACUUUACACACAAAAUCUUCAAUACAAAAUAAAAUGACAAAAGCAAGAUAACAAUGUUCAAAAAUGUGUAAACUACAGCACCCAGAAAUUAAAAGUGACAGAAUACAAAUGUAAAUCAUGUGUAGUAUAUUUGUAAAUGUAUGUAUUUAUAUUGUUUUGUUGAGUAGUUUUAGGCUGUUGCUGACCUUAUUCUUAAAUUAAAAUUUGUUGUUUUAUUUACAGUUUGUUUUAGAUGUUUUGAAUUAAUAUAUAAUAUUUCAGUAGAAUGUGCAAUUUACAUAUAUGAUAAUAAUUAGGCUAAAUAUAAAUGCUUAUCAUAUUGAGAA